AUGCCGACGAGUACUGUGCCCUAUUUUCCACAGCGAACAGUUAGUGGACCUGAUGGUGAACAAGUUCCAGUCUCCUGUAUAAAAUCAAUAACACUAGAGCCGAAAGCCACAACGGGCAUUAACGCAUCUACAACAUCUAACACAUCUGCAACAUCUGCAACAUCUACAACAACUUCUCCUCCGUGUAGUUUAAUUUUGAAUCUAACAAAUUUAGUAGCAUACUUUCCAUUUGAUAACGGCUCAAUUCUGGAUAGUGGUCCAAAUUCAUUGACCAGUACUAUCACUGGACAAACUCAAAUUACUGGCGAACGUAAUCAAGGAUUUUCUUUCAUUGGAACGACAACGUCAUAUUUUCAAGUCAGUGGUUUGACAUCACUUGGUACAGUAAAUUUACCAUUUUCAAUUGCUUUAUGGAUAAAACCAACUAAUUUAUCUGGUUCAUUUGUUCAUGUAUCACGGAAUGCAGCAGGAGAUGGCUGGUGCUUACCCUUUAUUGGCUUUACAUCAUCAAAUCUAGUAGCUACUCAAGUAUGGGACGGUUCAACAGCACAGUAUACACUUGGACCUUUGCUGACGCGGAAUACAUGGACACAUGUAGUACAAACAUUUAGUGUUACAAAUGGUUUAAAACUUUACGUUAGCGGCAGUUUAUAUAACACAACAUCGGGUAUUACACAGUAUAGCGCUAGUGGCUCGUCAAUGUAUAUGUCAGCUGGUGGUACCGCACAGGUAAUAUCCAAUCCUACAUCUUGUACAUCAACAGGUGUAUUAGGAUUAAAUUCUUAUUCAGGUGGUGUGGAUGAAUUACGAAUUUAUAGUAGAGAAUUGACAGCAAAUGAUGUUUGUGCACUUUUCUAUUAUUAA